UGGCCGAGAUUAGUCGUCUGCUUUAUAAUGUGUUUUAUUUUUAUUUUUUUCCUUUCUUCUCCUCAAUGCUGCUGUAAAGCUUUUUAAUAUCUUCUACUUGAUCUCUUCGAAUUCCUACUGAUUUUGGGAUUCGAGUCUACUUGAUUUGACCUUCUCUGAUUUGAAAGUUGCAGAUUGGAUUCAAAGUUUCUUCCUUUAUAUUUUGACCAUUGAGCGACUAGGCUUUGAAGAUCAGCUGUAGUUCUUGGAUCCUGAACAGUUGUAUUUCCGACAGGCGUUUCAGUUUGGUCGGUGAUAAUAUUUGGGUUUAGAGCAUAACUGCUUUAGGAUCCGUUUCUGUUGGUUUGGUUUUGAGUGGACGGUUUAAAGUUACAAACUUUUUCAUUCAAUCCCUCCUUUGGUCUUUGUCUUGCUCUCCUGGGGCAUGAACAAACCGGGGGUCGAUUCGAGGGCCGAUGGUGUUGGCUCUGAAGCUCUAAAUAUGCAGAGGAGCAACAGUGGCAUCAAUAACAUGCGUAUCCCAACACCACCAAUGUCCUUCUCCUCCAAUAACAUUCCCGGUUCUUUGAUUCUUGACGGCUCUGCUUCAAUGCAGCAACACUUAUCUCAGCAACAGCAGCAGCAAGCAGGGCAAAGUUCAGUGCCAAUGAGGGAAAACGAUUACUCCCAUGUGGAUAAAAAGCCCAGGAUAGAAGUGAAGCAAGAGGGGAUGUUGCAGCAGCAGAUUUUCCAGCAGCUGAUCCAGCGUCAGGACCCUACUGGAAGGAACCCGCAGCUGCAGGCAUUGCUUCAGCAGCAGAGACUGAGACAACAGCAGCAGAUUCUUCAGUCCAUGUCACCUUCUCAGAGAUUACAGUUACAGCAGCAGCAGCAGUUGAGGCAGCAGUUACAGCAACCAGGCACUCAGCAGCAGAUCCCUCCUAAUGUGCGUCCUUACGAAGUUGGCGUGUGUGCAAGGAAGUUGAUGAUGUAUUUGUAUCAUCUACAGCAACGUCCUGCUGAAAAUUGUAUUACUUAUUGGAGGAAGUUUGUGGCGGAAUACUUUUCACCUCGUGCAAAGCAAAGAUUGUGCUUGUCACAGUACGAAAGUGCUGGGCACCAUGCGCUUGGCAUGUUUCCACAGGCAGCUCCGGAUAUGUGGCAGUGUGAUCUUUGCGGCACCAAAUCUGGAAAAGGAUUUGAGGCAACUUUCGAUGUGCUUGCCAGACUGAUUGAAAUCAAAUUUGCGAGUGGAAUCAUUGAUGAGCUCUUAUAUCUAGACCAUCCAAGAGAAAACAGAUUUCCCAAUGGAGUGAUGAUGUUAGAAUAUAGAAAAGCAGUUCAGGAAACUGUACACGAGCAGUUUCGAGUAGUCCGUGAGGGCCAUCUUCGCAUCAUAUUCUCUCAAGAUUUGAAGAUACUUUCUUGGGAGUUUUGUGCUCGGCGUCAUGAAGAGCUUCUUCUCCGCAGACUUAUUGCUCCGCAGGUGAACCAGUUGCUUCAGGUUGCACAGAAAUGUCAGAGCACGAUCACGGAGAGUGGGUCAGGGGGAGUUUCACAGCAGGAUUUACAGUCAAACAGUAACUUGGUUUUGGGAGCAGGACGGCAACUGGCGAAGUUUAUGGAAUUACAAUCGCUGAAUGAUCUUGGCUAUCCAAAAAGAUACAUCAGAACUCUACAGAUAUCUGAAGUUGUCAAGAGCAUGAAGGACCUGAUGAAUUUCACUAGCGAGCACAAAGUUGGCCCUAUUGAGGGGUUGAAACGUCUUUUGGAACAGACAGCGACAGCAAAGCUUCAGAGACUGGAGCAUUUGGGGAAUAGUGGAGCUAUGAACGGGUCAGCUCAAGCUCAGAUGGCGUUGACUCAAGGAACAAUGAACGGCAUAAUUGGCAACAACAACAACAGCUCCAACUCCAACAGUCACAAUCAACUUGUUGGUCGUGGAGCUAUGAAUGGUUCGGCUCAAGCAGCAGCAGCUCUGACCAACUACCAAAGCAUGCUUAUGAGGCAAAACGCUAUGAAUAACCCAAACUCAGUUACAGUCAAACAAGAGGGGUUCUCUAGUCAUAACCCAACCCCAAACUCAAACCAGAGUCCAUCAUCUUCCUCCCAUCAGAGGCAGAACUUAGCAACGCCUGGAUUCCCUAGCUCUCCUCAAAUGCAACAGCAGCAACAGCGCCCCAUGAAUGGCGCUCCCAACACGCUUCAGCAGAAUCAUCCUCAUCAUUCACAUGGCAACAAUCAGGAGCAGCAGAUGCUUAAUCAGCUGUUACAGGAAAUGUCUGAGAACGGACCAAGUUUGCAACAGCAACAGCAACAGCAACAAGCCUUUUCAGGUCAGAGUGGUGGCAAUAACAACCCAACUGCCUCCACUUCCAGCAUCUCAGGAGGAGGAGGAGGUCGAGCUCCUAGCCGAAACAACAGUUUCAAAGCAGUAGUCUCAAACAACAAUCAUCAUCAUUUGUCAGAAGAUAUGUCAAUCCCAGAACUAUCUCAUGAUUUCUCAGAAGACGCCUUCUUCAACAGUGAUAUUUAUGGUAGCUUGUAGCCUUUGUUAUAUCCGAACAGAACAGAGGUAUUGGUUACUUUGACUUAACACCAUGAAAGAGUUUUUUAGGCUUUUUUGUUUUUGUUUUUUAGGUUGGUGCUCUGUUGUUUUACUUCUCUAGUUUCUGUUUGGUCUGAGAUUUGACAUUUGCAUCUGGAUAUAGGUGUUGUAAUGUGUUUCUUUAUCUGUUUAUUUGUGUGACCGAGACUUCAUCACAGCUUUUCUUUUAUGGUAAAAAAUGAAAUAAAAGAUGGUUCUUAA